AUGGGACAGCCAUCGUUUGCGGCGUCCAACGCCAUCAUCUACCUCACCUAUGGCGCUUUUCUGCUACUCGGAACAGGCGUCGCCUGGAAAAUGCGGAACCAGAGCAAGGAGGAUUUCCUCGCUGGCAAUGGAACCCAGACGGCCUUCCCGCUGGCCUUGAACUUCAUCGCGUCGGCUCUCGGAUCCGGCAUCCUCUUUGCUUACCCGCAGCUCGCCACCAUCUCGGGUGUCCAAGGCAUGGUCGUGUACGCGCUGGCGUCGGCGCUGCCCAUUCUCAUCUUCGGCUUCCUGGGGCCCAUCAUCCGCAGCCGGUGCCCCGAAGGCUUCGUCCUCACCGAGUGGACCAGACAGCGCUACGGCACCCUGACGAUGCUGUAUCUCAGCUUCAUGACUCUCGUGACCCUGUUUCUGUACAUGGUCGCUGAGCUGUCGGCCAUCGGCCAGGUUGUCACUGCCCUGACCGGCCUGGACGGACUUCCUGUCGUUAUUGUUCAGUGUGUCAUCACAACCAUCUAUACCUCCAUGGGUGGCUUCAAGAUUUCCUUCUUCACCGACGUCAUCCAGGGAGGCAUGGUUAUCGGCCUUGUCCUCAUCGCCACCAUCACCAUUGGCGUCAAGACGGAGAUCAAGCGGGAGUUGGUCGAAGGGUCGGAUCUCACCAAGGCGAACCUGCUCGGAUGGCAGCUCCUGUACAUCCUGCCCGUCGCCAUCUUGACCAACGAUUUCUUCCUGUCCAACUUCUGGCUGCGCACCUUCUCGUCCAAGACAGACAAGGAUCUUCGACUGGGCACCGCCAUGGCCACUGUGGUUAUCCUGUGCAUCCUCACUCUGGUCGGCGCCACUGGUCUCAUCGCCGUCUGGUCCGGCGCUCUGGCGCCAGAUGAUGUCGCCGCGUCCGGGUCUAUCGCCUUCUUCAUCCUCCUCGAAACACUCCCCACCUGGGUCAUCGGCAUCGUUCUGGUCAUGGUCGUGACUCUCAGCACUGCCGCCUUUGACAGUCUGCAGUCCGCCAUGGUGUCGUCUGCGUCCAACGAUCUGUUCCGCAACCGCAUCAACAUCUGGUUCAUCCGCGGCCUGGUCGUGCUGGUCAUCAUCCCCACUGUCGUCCUCGCCCUGAAGGCGCCUUCCAUCCUCCAGAUCUACCUGAUCACGGAUUUGGUCUCUGCCGCCACCAUCCCCGUUCUUGUCAUCGGUCUUAUCCAGAAGUUCUACUGGUGGCGCGGCUUCGAGGUCGUCGUCGGCGGUCUCGGCGGUCUGCUGACUGUCUUCAUCUUCGGUACCAUCUACUACGGCAAUGCCAAGCAGGGUGCCCAGCUCCUCCUCAUCGAGCAGGGUCUCUACGGCAAUGACUGGAGUGCCUUUGGUGCCUUUGUCGCUGCUCCUGUUGGUGGCCUCCUCUGGGGCUGCGGUGCUCUGGUUCUCCGUCUCUCCGUUCAGUGGGUGUUGGCCAAGGUCCGAGGUCACCGUUUCACUGGCUUUGACCGCCCUAUUGAGCGCACUCCUAGCGGAGACACGGAUAUUCCCACCGAGAACUUCAUCUCUACUAGCCCUGGCAAGUUCUUCUAG